AAGGCCAAUGCCCUUCAUACCCACUGGCAAAGCCAGCCAGGAGGUAUAUAAAGGAGAAGCUCAGCUCAGCUCUCAGCCAAGGCCCAUCCUGGCAAGAUGAAUCCCACCAGCUUCUUCCUCCUUAUAUUGCUCCUCGUUCUGGUGACAGAAACAGCAGCGAGGAGACCCCAUGAAAAGUUCUCACGAUCGUCUGAAGACAAUUCUAAUGAAAAAUUUAGUGUAAAGAUACUGAGGGGCGGCGUGGGAUUAAGUUCCUCUCAGGAUGGGUACAGCCGAAGUGAGAGCUCUUGGAGUUCCUAUAGAUCGAAACAUCCAAAAAGCAUCGAGAAUGAGGAUGCCUACGAGGAAAGGAAGCAGAGUUUCAGUGCUGAUGAGGACAAUUCUGUAUACAAAAGGAGAGGCUACCGAGGAGGAGAAAGAACAAGCUCUUUUACAAGCAGAAUGAAAAGCCGGAUGAAUGGUAAAUAAUGUGUUCAGCUGAGGACCAGGACCAAUAUGAAGGUUGUCCUCGUUGUCACUGAACUGAGAGAAGCCUGUGAUGUCUUCAGGAUGUAGACCUCCCAUGGGGAACCCCGGAAACAGCCCAUGCAUUCACUUCCUCCUCACACUUGUGUUUCUUAAGGUUCCUAAACCUAAUGAUAUUCGAA